AUGGACCAGGUGAUGCAAGGCUGCCCAGGCCCUCAGUGGUACCUGGAUGAUAUCAUUGUUACCCCUGGUGCUGGGAGCAAUUCCAUUGAGUCCAGGAACCUCAUUCAGUUCGGUAAUAUGAUUAAAUGUGCCAUACCAGGUGUGAAUCCACUGAAAUUCAACAACUACGGCUGUUACUGUGGAGUUGGCGGAUCUGGGACACCAGUGGAUGACCUUGACAAGUGUUGCCAGACCCACGACUACUGUUAUGAUGAUGCCAAGAAAAAACAGAAGUGUACAAACCUCAGUGCACCCAAAAUGAUUACAUACAGCUACACCUGCAAAAACGGGAAAAUCGAAUGUACAAGUGUCAGCCCACUACUGCAGAUCAACAACUACGGCUGUUACUGUGGACUUGGCGGAUCUGGGACACCAGUUGAUGAGCUUGACCGGUGUUGCCAGACCCACGACUACUGUUAUGGUGAUGCUAAGAAAAAACAGAAGUGCAAAUUCUUCCGUUCACCCAAAUUAAGAACUUACAAGUACACCUGCUCAAACGGGAAGAUCGAAUGUACAAGCAAUAGUCACUGCAGAAAGUUUAUCUGUGAAUGUGAUCGACAGGCGGCCAUCUGCUUCUCGAAAGCAAAAUACAACCCUCAGAAUAAAGGCAUCAGUCAAUCUUGCUGCAAAUAG